CUACACAACGAGUUUACAAGAACAAGAACGAGUGUUUAUGUCUAACGUCAGUCUAUAGGCAGGUGUACAGGAGGCCAAGUCAUGCGCACAUUGAUUCUCUUCAUUUCACUGUCAAUGAUGGCGUGGAUCGGCGGUUGUUCGCCGAUAGACCGCGAUGACAACGUCUUCAAAUCUUUAGAUCAACGUUUACUUGUUCGAAGAUCUUCACACGCACAAGAUGUAAAGGGCAGGAAGACAUCAGCUCAUCAUAAUCCUCAAGUGACAACAAAAUCUCGUCCAGAGUUAAAUCUACGUAAAGGCGAGUACAUGUGCUCAGGACGCGUCUGUAAACUGCAGCCGGGGGAAGUCCCGCGCGGAUGUAACGGAGUCUGUCAAUAUCCAAUCUCAUAGUAAACUAACUGCGGGUUUCUGACAUCUAAAUAUCUGCAUAAACGUCGUUCCUGACUUUAUCUUUGACAACAUAGAGAUAGCAAUAUGUUUUAAACGGAGGUUUUGGACUCGGAAACCCACGGUGAGAGUUUUAAUUUUAAUUAUGUUGUAUUUAACACUUUGAUUAGUAAGUUUUAUUACAGAACAAGCAAUA